AGCUGCAGUCCAGGAUUAGAUUUUCUUCAGAAGGUUUCAGAAAUUGUUAACUUCUUGCCUAAUCGCUCCAACAUGGCUGCCACCAGCUGCGUUCUGUCCGAGGAUCAGUUUCUCUGCUGCAUCUGUCUGGAUGUUUUCACCGAGCCAGUCACCAUCCCAUGUGGUCACAACUUCUGCAAGACCUGCAUAACACAGAACUGGAACGUCAGCAGCCCCCGCUACCAGUGCCCCAUGUGCAAGAAGCAGUUCGAGAGCCGCCCCCCGCUGACCGUCAACACCUUCAUUUCUGAGAUGGCGGGGGAGUUCAGGCAGGCAGCUGGAAGGAAAGGCUGCAGAGCGGCUCAGCCCGGAGAAGUCCCCUGUGACGUCUGCAGAGGAACCAAACUGAAAGCCGUCAAGUCCUGCCUGACCUGUUUGGCCUCUUACUGCAGCAUCCACCUGGACCCUCAUCGGACGUGUGACCGCCUGAAGACGCACACGCUGACGGAUCCUGUGGACAACAUGGAGGGCAGGAUGUGCAGGAGGCACAACAGAGUCCUGGAGCUGUUCUGCAGGUCGGACCGGACCUGCGUGUGCUCGCUCUGCAUGGUGACGGAACACGGGGCGGCGGGACACGACGUCGUUUCCCUGCGCGACGAAUGCGAAGCUAAGAGGCCCGAGCUGCGGCGGAUGGAGGCAGAGGUCCGGGCCAGGAUCAUGGAGAAGGUGCAGAAGAGCCAGCAGAUGAAACUCCUGAAGAGGUACAGUAAAGAAGACACGGAGAGGGAGGUCGCCAACGCCAUCCAGGUCUUCACCGCGGUCACGCAGACAGCAGAGAAAAGUCUGAACGCUCUGAUUGAGGUCCUGGAGGAGAGACAGAAGAAGGCAGAGGAUGAGGCCAACAGCCACAUCAGACAACUGGACGCAGAAAUCUCUGCUCUGACGAUGAGAGCUGCUGAGCUCCAGAAGCUCUGCUCCACUCAGGACCACCUUCAUCUGAUCCAGAACUUCCCCAGCAGGGACUGGCCCGUGGACACGAGGACACAGGUGGACGUCCGCCCCCCGUCGUACGAAGGGAUCGUGGAGAAAGCAGUGUCUGAGCUGCAGGAGGUGCUCAGGAAGGAGAAGGAGCAGCUGCUUAACGGGGCCAGGCUGAGACGGGCCCAGGACUACGCAGUGGACUUGGCCCUGGAUCCUCUCACGGCCAACCCCUGGCUGAUCCUGUCGGCUGACAGGAAGCAGGUCCAGUGCGGGGAGCGGAUGGGGGUUCUUCCAAACAACAGGGAGAGGUUUUCUCUCUACAUCAACGUGUUAGCCCAGCAGACCUUCACCUCUGGAAGGUUUUACUACGAGGUGCAGGUCAUGGGAAAAACCAACUGGAUUGUGGGAGUGGUCAAAGCGUCUGUGGACAGGAAGGGAACACUCCCACUGAGUCCAGCGACCGGUUACUGGGCUUUAGGUCUAAGGAAUGGAAACGAGUACCUAACCUACCUCAGUCCAGUUGUCAGCCUCAGUCUGACCUCCAGCGUGGAGAGGGUGGGGGUGUUUGUGAGUUAUGAAGAGAGGCUCGUCUCUUUCUUUGAUGUGGACAAAGCCGUUCAUCUCUACUCGUUCACCAGCUGCUUCUUCGAGGAGAAACUCUGUCCGUUCUUCAGUCCAGGUCUCCAUCAUGGAGGUACUAACUCUGCUCCUCUCAUCAUUCAGCCCGUCAGACACGCCCGUUAAUACAUCAACACAAACGAAGCACAAACUGAAGGAAACAUCACUGCUGCAAAGAAAACGAACUUGUUUUACCCAUUUUACUGAAGACUACAAACAAAAGUUUCAUUUUCAACUUGUUUUGGUUGAAAUCACGAAGUACCUCAUCAUCUCAUUCACCUGCUCCGAAACUCAAACAGGACUUCUUGUGAUGCUCUGGAGACUUAUUAAUGAUCAUUGCUUUGAUCAAAUUUAUUUGAUGUCAGCUGCUAACAGAAAUGAACUUCCCGCAGGGUAACUAAAGGAUUCAUUCAUUCUCAGGGGAGACGAGCUAACAGCUAAUCAGACCAUUAAGAUCACCAAGACCAAGGCUGGUUUCUUGGAUUUAUUAUACAUAUAAUCAGAGUUGGGUAGUAACUAGUUAAUUUACUUGAGUAACCUUUUUUGGGGAAAAAGUAAUUUAUAAGCAUUUUUACUACACUGUAUUUUUACUUUUACUUGAGGAAUUUUAUGACACACCUGCAGUUUUCUCAUAAAAUUUGCAUUGAAAGAAACUGAUUAGGAAAAAUGUUUAUUUCGCCCGAAUUUGUUAUUUUGUAAUUAUGUUAUUUAUAUGAAUUAUUUUCAUUUUGAUCUUUAAAAUUACUCAGUACUUGAGUUGCCUUUUUACCAAA